CUGAGCACACGGCGUAUUAAACUGUGCUUUACUGUAAGAUUUUUUAAAAGCAGAAUAAAUAAUCGCAAAAAAUGGCAACCGACGUCGUAGAUGACCUGGCGAUGAGGGAGGCUCAGAGGGAUUAUCUGGACUUCCUGGACGACGAUCAAGACCAGGGCAUCUAUCAAAGCAAAGUCCGGGACAUGAUCAGCGAGAAUAAAUCCCGUCUCACCGUCAACAUCAACGACCUGAGGAGACGCAACGAGGGCCGAGCUGCAAAGUUGAUGAACAAUGCCUUCGAGGAGCUGCUGGCGUUCCAGCGGGCUCUGAAGGACCUGGUGGCCUCGGUGGACGCCACCUACGCUAAACAGUAUGAGGAGUUCUUCAUCGCCCUGGAGGGAAGCUUCGGCAACAAGCACGUCACCCCCCGAACCCUGACCUCCCGCCUGCUGGGAAGCAUGGUCUGUGUGGAGGGCAUCAUCACUAAAUGUUCUCUGGUGCGUCCUAAAGUGGUGCGCAGCGUCCAUUACUGUCCAGCCACCAAGAAGACGAUGGAAAGGAAGUACACAGAUAUGACUUCCUUGGAUGCUUUUCCCUCCAGUGCCAUCUACCCCACCAAGGAUGAGGAGAACAACCCUCUGGAGACAGAGUUUGGUCUGUCCAUCUACAAAGACCACCAGACCAUCACUGUGCAGGAGAUGCCUGAGAAAGCUCCUGCCGGCCAGCUGCCUCGCUCUGUGGACAUCAUCCUGGACAACGACCUGGUGGACAAAGUCAAACCAGGAGACAGAGUGCAGGUCAUCGGGACGUACCGCUGCCUGCCAGGAAAGAAGGGAGGCUUCACUUCCGGGGCGUUCAGGACCAUCAUGAUAGCCUGCCACGUUAAACAGAUGAGCAAAGAAGUGUCUUCCGUCUUCUCGGCCGACGACGUGGCCAAGAUUAGAAAGUUCAGCCAGAGUCGCUCCAUUAAUGUUUUUGAUCAGCUGGCUCACUCCCUGGCUCCCAGCAUCCACGGCCAUGAGUACAUCAAGAAGGCCAUCCUCUGCAUGCUGCUGGGCGGCGUGGAGAAGGUGCUGGAAAACGGCUCCCGCAUCAGAGGAGACAUCAACGUCCUGCUCAUCGGUGAUCCAUCGGUAGCCAAGUCUCAGCUGCUACGUUACGUUCUCCACACGGCACCCAGAGCGAUCCCCACCACCGGGCGAGGCUCGUCCGGAGUGGGUCUGACUGCUGCCGUCACCACCGAUCAGGAGACGGGCGAGCGUCGUCUGGAAGCGGGCGCCAUGGUGCUGGCCGACCGCGGCGUCGUGUGCAUCGACGAGUUCGACAAGAUGUCCGACAUGGACCGCACGGCCAUCCACGAGGUGAUGGAGCAGGGUCGCGUCACCAUCGCCAAAGCCGGCAUCCACGCCCGCCUCAACGCCCGCUGCUCCGUGCUGGCCGCCGCCAACCCCGUCUACGGCAGGUACAACCAGUAUAAAACCCCCAUGGAGAACAUCGGCCUCCAGGACUCCUUGCUGUCACGUUUCGACCUCCUCUUCAUCGUGUUGGAUCAGAUGGACCCCGAGCAGGACCGGGAGAUCUCAGACCACGUGCUGAGGAUGCACCGUUACCGUGACCCCCGCGAGCAGGAGGGAGCAGCCAUGACUCUGGGAGGGACCGUGGACGUCCUGGCGACAGAAGAUCCAGACGCAGUAGCGGAGGAGCAGGAGGAACUGCAGAUUUAUGAGAAACACAACAACCUGCUGCACGGAAGCAAGAAAAAGAAGGAGAAGAUCGUGAGCAAGGAGUUCAUGAGGAAGUACAUCCGCAUCGCCAAGGCUGUGACACCUGUGCUGACGGAGGAGGCGGCCAAUCACAUCGCAGAAGAGUACGCGAGGCUGAGGAGCCAGGACCAGCUGGGUACUGAUAUCGCCAGGACUUCUCCAGUGACGGCCCGUACACUAGAGACCCUGAUCCGUCUGUCCACAGCUCACGCCAAGGCCCGCAUGAGCAAAGCCGUGGAGCUGGAGGACUCUGAGGUCGCCGUGGAGCUCGUCCAGUUCGCCUACUUUAAAAAGGUUCUGGAGAAAGAGAAGAAACGUGCCAGACAGGAGCGGGACUCGGGGUCAGAGGAGGAAGAGGAUGAGGAGACGUCCACACAGCGUUCACAGAAAACUCAGAAGAAGAGGGUGCGCCGUGGCUCUCAGGGCAGCGAGCCGUACAGCCCGUACGACUUCAGCGAAAACCAGGACGUUCCCGAAAUUCAAGCUGGAACCCCGAAACCAGCAAAACCACAGCAGGAGGCCGAGGAGCCGAUGGAGGCGACAUCACAGGUUGACAGCGCUGAGCUCUCCGCAGAGAGGCUGAAGGAGUUCAAGUCGUCCCUGUUCGCCGUGUUCCAGUCUGCUCACGCUCAGUCCGUGAAGAUGACGAUGCUGAUGGACAACAUCAACAAGGAGCGCGAGACUCGUUUCACGGAGCCCGAGGUCCGCACCGCUCUGACCCGCAUGCAGGACGACAACCAGGUCAUGGUGGCUGACGACAUCAUCUUCCUCAUCUGAGGAGGGAGGAGGACAGUUUCUGAAAGAGAUUUUUGCAUAGACUUGAUAAGUGACUUGAC